CAUCUUCACGCCUUCGCAUCGCCUUCGCCCGUGAGCCUAUUUGCACGCUUCCGAUACCCCUCUACUCCAACCUCUGGCUGUUGGAAGCUCUAAGGAAGAUUAUUCCAGCUGUACAGUUCUGGGGGCUUUCCUGCUCUGGGAUGGUCUGACCCAGUUUUCUCUCAGCAACUGCUACAGGCAAAGCACAGAAAUAAUCUUACCUUCAGACAACUUCUCUUGUUCUGUCUUGUGACCACUCGCCAAGAUGAUGGAAGACUUCAACAGCGAGACUGACAGUGACUACACCAGUUACUGGAGAGAUUGGUUUAUUUCGUCCCGUGGAAACGAGUAUUUCUGCGAAGUUGACGAGGAGUAUUUGACCGAUCGCUUCAACCUUACCGGCUUGAACACCGAGGUCGCAUACUAUCAGUAUGCUCUGGAUCUUGUGACCGACGUCUUUGACUUGGAUGCGGACGAUGACUUGCGCGAGCAAAUCGAGAAAUCGGCACGUCACUUGUACGGCCUCGUCCAUGCUCGCUACAUCAUCACCACUCGUGGUCUGUCCAAAAUGGUCGACAAGUAUAAGAAGGGCGAUUUCGGCAAAUGUCCGCGUGUUGUGUGUGAAGGUCACCCUCUUCUUCCCAUGGGUCAGCACGAUCUUCCCCACACAAGCACCGUACGUCUUUACUGCGCAAAGUGCGAAGAUAUCUACAACCCGAAGUCUUCUCGGCAUGCUUCCAUCGAUGGUGCCUACUUCGGAACCACAUUCCACAGCAUGCUUUUCCAGGUGUAUCCUGCGCUGAUCCCGGAGAAGAGCGUGCGCCGUUACGAGCCCCGUAUCUAUGGGUUCCGUGUUCAUGCCAGUGCUGCACUUGCUCGCUGGCAGGAUCAGUAUCGUGAAGAUACCAAGGCGCGCCUUCGCGAGGCCGGCAUUGAAGCCAAGUACAUUGAAGACACCGAUGAAGAUGACUUGGAGGACGACGACGAUGAAAUUGACGAGCUUGGUCAUGAUACCAAAGCGGAGAAGCCUGCCGGCGAUGCUGCUUCCGGCCGCAUGGACAUUGGCAACUAAGAAGGUCGCCUGUCUUGUGCUGGUUCUCUGACCCGGUCUCGCUACAUACGUCUUCCUGCACGAUGUUUUGUCUGUCAUCUACCUUGAUUCUAUCCCCCCUAUUCUCCUCCCUCCCUCCUCAACUCUCAUAGUUUCGUGGAAUUCUCCAAUCGUGUACUGGCUAGAUACUGUGGUGCUCGAGAUAACCGUGUUUCUAUUCCCUUUCCCCUUUCCUGCUACGAUUUGUCUGUUCAGUCUUUUUGUUUCUCCAAUACCCGGCGUAUGACGGAGAUCGUCAAGCUGCAAUUUCAUGUACUGCAUUUCAUGAUCACGAACACUGGUGGGCGUCGGAAGCUCUGAAAAUGGCCGGUCUCUUUUUCUUUUCUUCUAAUGUGAACUAGUUCUAUAAUCCCAACGAGUCUUUCGCGGACUUCGGGGCACAAAUGCGAAAUAGGUAAC